AUGUCCAGAGAUAAUGCGGCGUUCGAAUCGGAGGAGUACACCGUUGGUUGGGUUUGCGCCCUUCCACUAGAGAUGGCGGCUGCCAGAGGAAUGCUGGAUCUCAUUCAUCCAGACCUCUCUCACCAAGACCCCGACGACCAUAAUAGUUACAUCCUGGGUGAGAUCCAUGGCCAUAAGAUUGUCAUUGCCUGCCUACCUGCAGGCAACUACGGAACAAACCCCGCAGCUACUGUUGCGAAAGAUUUGCUACGAACCUUCAAAUCUAUUAGAUUUGGCUUGAUGGUUGGAAUUGGAGGUGGAGCACCAUCGGCGCAACAUGAUAUUCGGCUUGGCGACGUGGUGAUCAGCCAGCCGUCAGGAACUCUGGGAGGAGUGGUCCAGCAUGAUCGAGGCAAGAUCUUACCAGAAGGCGGGUUUGAACGUACGGGCUCACACAACGCGCCCCCGCAGUCCUUACUAUCCGCUUUGGCUCGCCUUCAAGCUACCCAUAUGACCGAGGAAAGCAGGGUGCCCGAGUUUCUGUCACAGCUCUCCGCGAAAACUCCCAAGCGGAUGAAAGGCAAAUUCAGCUACCCAGGUGCAUUACAUGAUCGACUUUAUACAGCCGGGUAUGACCACGUCAAGCCAGGAAGUACGACAUGCGCCGAGUGCGACGAGUCCCAGGUAAUCGAGAGAGAGGAUCGUUGUGACACUGAUCCGUACUUCCACUAUGGUGUCAUUGCCUCGGGGAAUCAGGUCAUCAAGGAUGGAAAGACACGCGAGCGUCUGAGUCAAGAAUACGGUGCAUUGUGCUUCGAAAUGGAAGCUGCUGGCCUGUACAACUUUCCAUGUCUUGUCAUUCGGGGUAUCUGUGAUUAUGCCGAUUCACAUAAGAAUAAGAUGUGGCAAGAGUAUGCUGCUGCGACAGCGGCAGCAUUUGCGAAAGAGCUACUCUUGUUUGUGCCACCUAACCAGGUUCUACAGGAGAAGAAGCUUGUGUCAUAA